UCGUUGAGUUUCUGAUAUGACAAGACAAGCAGUGCACACAAGUGCAAUAAUCCGAUGUAUGGCUAAUCAAUGUAUUUCCUUUCGAGCAGCAGUACUCAAAGAGAUGUGUUUCCAGCAACACUAGCUCGGACUGGAUGUUAGGCAUUUUAUUUUCAAAAGACGAGCCGAAUAACCAUCACGGCAUUGACAGCGUGUUCCUAUAGUUACAGUAUCACUUUAUACCUCUAUAAUUUUGACAUAAUUGAUAGUGAAAUGUUGAAGAUGGAAAUUAAAUGAUGCAUUUACACCCGAUUUUCGAUAUGUGGAGGCAAGCUGUGACCCGAAGUGUGUCCUGUAGUUUUGCUAGCUCUCACAAAAUAAUCGUCAUUUUUUUAACCAUCUUUUUUUCUCUCCGUGUCCCCUCGGGGCACGAAGACAUGAAAUUGUUGAAAACAAGGCGCUCAAACAGCAGUGAAAGUUCAUCUUUCAAUUGAACUCCAAGCAAGUUCCAAAUUGGCCUGCCCACUUACACGCAGCUUUACGGUACUCGAGCUGUGGUUGCCGUGGCAACUCCGCUGUCGACUCUCCUCACUGACACAUAAAGGCUUCGCAAGCGAGAAGAGGCAAACACUUGCAUAAAAUGGCAAACACAACUUGUGUGUCGUAGCAGACGCCUGUCUUGUCACACUGUUGACGCGGAAAUCUGUCUUUCCCACCACAAGGAGCGUCUGUUUUCAAAACAGGACAUUAUGGAGGCUCUCCAAAAGGACGAGAGUCCACCUCUUUCCAUUGAGGGGACCGGGCGAGGUCCUACGGAGUUGAGAGCCUCGGAUGAAGCUAUCACUUUGAUGUCCAGCAUUGAGCCCUCGGAGCUGCCAAAGUGCGUGUUUGCAGACUCUCUGGUGACUGUGUCAGAAGGUGGUCGAGAUUUGGGGAGGUUCUGCGUGACCGUGGAGUUUGCCCGCAGGGGCCGGCGGCCUUGUAUGCUGCUCCAUGCACAAAGCCAGGGGGCCAUCGACGACUCCCCCUGUGGAACAACAGUGACAGCAUACCUCACCGCUGACCUGGAAGUGCUGGAGGAAGACUACCACGAGUAUGUCAAGCUUGAGGGACACACUGUGGACAAGCGCUGUCACAUGGUGCAACGAGAUGGAAAGAUGGUAAUUGAGAAAGUUACUACUGCUGGAAAGGUGAGAUGUGAAACAGAGCAUUACACGGAGGUGACAAGGGAGAGUGUUUCCUAUUCCAUGUCUGUCCUCAGAGGGCUUAUAACCGAGGGUUCCAACCUCCUGCUCAUGCGUCUUAUUGCUUUGAGGAAGAAAGUGCCAGAGCACAUGAACUGCAUCACCUUUGACCAGAAAUUACGCAUCAUCCGCACUACCUUUCGCGAGCUGGAACAGAAGACGAUGGAGAUUGAGGGUGAAACUGUGGAGGUAUUCGGGGUGGAGCGGAUAAUUCAUUCUGUGGAUGACAGCCCUAUAACAUGGCAGUGCUGCCUUCUGCCUGAUGGGCAUCUUGCUAGCAGAGUGCAGGUGGGAUCUCCGGUCAUGAUGAGGCUCCUACAGCUGCCGUCACAGAAAGAAGAAGAGUUUGGGAAAAUCCCCCUGGUUUGGGAAGAAGAUCUACAGAUGCGCUCCAAGUUCCUGGACAGAAAGGAGGAGCUGAAGGCUGACCAUGCCUCAUACUUGAGAGAGCAUCCAGAGAUCCGUGCCCUCAUAUCUGACUUCCUGCAGUUCCUGCUAUUAAAGAAACCAGAUGAUGUAUUCCAGUUUGCCAGAGAAUACUUCCUCCCCUUCACCCCUCACAGUACCUCAGACACAAGCCUAGACACUUCAACACAAUGAAAUCUCACCUUCUACAGAUCACUGUUAUUAAGCAGGUGCACACUAUUCACAUGCAGCUGUGGUUUCAUGUAGAAAUUUAAUUUAUAUCAACAGUAAAUGAUAGAGGAACCAAUGAUGUAUGAGUGUGAAUUGAAAAACGCACAUGUUAUUCAAAAAUAAAGCUUGUUUCACAUUGCAUAAC